UAUUUUUGUUGAGUUUUUGUCUCAGAUUUUCGGAAAUGGCGUCGCCGGCUGUCAAGAUUGGCGUCCUUGCGCUUCAAGGCGCCUUCAUCGAGCACAUCCACGUGCUCGGUCGCAUCGAAAAUGUCACUGCCGUCCAAAUCCGCACACCAGCGGAAGUCAACGAUCCCACACUGGACGCCCUCAUCAUUCCAGGCGGCGAAAGUACCACCAUGGGCCUUGUUGCAGAGCGGAGUGGCAUUGUCGAGCCACUCAGGCUAUGGGCACACCAAGGAGUGAAGCCAGUCUGGGGAACGUGUGCAGGCAUGAUUCUGCUGGCGAAUAGCGCACUGCAGAUGAAGAUUGGCGGCCAACCGUUGCUCGGUGGACUGGACGUUUGCGUUGAUCGCAACCACUUUGGCGCGCAGCUGCAGAGCUUUGAGAUGCCAGUAUCCAUCCCCGUGCUCGGCGAGGAGCCCUUCCAGGCAGUGUUCAUCCGCGCACCAGUGAUUGUCAGCCACAAGCCGAAUGUCACGGUGAUUGCCAAGCUUGAAAAGAAGAAUGCCGACGACGAGCACGAGCGGAUUAUUGCAGCCCGUCAGAGCAACCUUCUUGCCACGGCCUUCCAUCCCGAGCUUACUGGCGAUUCCCGAUUUCACCGAUACUUUGUCGAAAUGGUUCGCACUUCGAAGCUGGCUCGUCAGCAAACAGCAUCGUCGUAAAAGGGGCAUCCGAACGCGCAACGGUGCAGGCAAUUUUUCCCCAAUUUUGCCCUGUUGUGCCCUUGUAACAACAAUACAAAAGCUGUAAAACUCA